AUGUCAGGCGCUCACUACACGAGGAUAUUAUUCCUAUUAAGUAAAGGAAUGACAUUAAUGAUAGACCGACGGCUCACUGAAGUAAAGAGUGUUAAGCCGUGUUUAAAACUUUUGCAACAAAGCAUUCAAAGCAUAACCGCUUAUCACAGCGAAGACGAUUACGGGAACGUUAACCCCAACGACAUGUUCAUAUGGAUGCCCAGAGAGCACAUGUGUGUUCUCGUAUAUCUGGUAACAGUACUUCACUCAAUGCAAGCCGGGUAUAUGGAUAAGGCACAGAAGUACACCGAAAAGGCACUCAUGCAAAUCGAU